GCUAUAUGUUGUGAUAUUUUCGAACAAAUCUACACUGUGUGGCCAUACCUGGAUAUAUUGAGAUAUACUUAUUAUAUCCUACAUCGGUGAAGCCUGCUAUAUGUUAUGAUAUUUUAGAACAAAUCUAAUCUGUGUGGCCAUACCUGGAUAUAUUUGGAUAUAUUGAGAUAUACUAAUUAUAUCAUACAUCGAUGAAGCCUGCUAAAUGUUGUGAUAUUUUCGAACAACUCUACACUGUGUGGCAAUACCUGGAUAUAUUGCGAUAUACUUGAUUAUAUCAUACACCGAAAGUGACGCCUGCUAUAUGUUAUGAUAUUUCCGGCCUCAUCUGCACUGUGUGUCCAUAGAUGGAUAUAUUUCGAUAUACAUGGUUAAAUUAUUCAUCGUUGGUGACAGAUGCUAGAUGAAGGCGAAAUCUCGUGAUAUUUUUGUUCAAAUCAUCUUUCGUAGGUGACAAUAAUAUUUUCAGUGGUUCGUGUGAUAUGACAUCCUAUUGCACACAUUGGAUGUGAUAAUAUUGAUAGUAUAUCAAGGUGAAGGAUAUAUAAGAAUACUUUUCAGAGGAUCAUUCAACCGUUAAAUUGAUGUUGUUCUCUUGUCGUUCACUUGUUCUGUCAUUCUCUGAUCCAAGAUUUGAUAGUUCGAAACAAGUGCCGUAUGACAUCAUCUUCCUGCAAUCCAAUGAGUGACAAUAAAGUCACGAAAACAGUGAAUUUUAUUUAACUCAUAACCAAACUAAUCAAGUAAUUGUUUUGAUUUAUGUGUGUCUUUCCCCACUGUGCACCAAUACUAGUUUGAGAAUUUGAAAUGCAGCGAGUAUGACGAAGGUAUUCAGGGUAACUUGUGGUUUAAAUGUUUUGCAGUUGCAGCUGUAGAUCUCUCCCGAUCAGAAAGAAAGAUUGGUGGCUCAGCAACAAUUUGAAGUUUUGUGACUUUGGACUAUAAAGUUAAUUAUUAAGUCUUUUUACUGCUCUGCUGACUUGGCAGCUUACAGCAAGUCAUGGCGAGGCUUGGUGUUGUGUUUUUGGCAUCCUGUCUGUCCAUCUGUGUGUCUGGGAGUCUGUGUCCAUCUGGAACAACAAGGAAGGUGUCCCUGAAUGGAAAACUUGGGUCUCAGGAGUUUCCAAAUAUGUUUUUCAUGGAAAAUAUUUUAUCAAACAUAUCAAACCCAUAUGAGGAUGUAUAUCUGGAUAUAUCAGAAAAUGCUAUCACAGAUUUGCCGUUUCAAGUGUUCGACAGUGGAAUCUUUCAACGAGUUACGUCCUUCAAUUUGUCAAACAAUAACCUUACAAAGAUAUCAGAAGGGUUAUUUAACCAGUUCAGAUGUUUGAAAAUAUUGAAUUUAGAUAAUAAUGAACUUGAGAAGAUUUCAAAUGAUACGUUUAAUUAUCUCAGUGAACUUGUGGAGCUCAUACUCAAGAAUAAUGUUCUGACAAAUCUUCCCUCAGGAAUCCUUGGUACUGGUGAAGAGAACUCAAACCUGAGGAGAUUUGAUGCAUCUCGGAACAGGAUCAGAUUCAUUGGUGACAAUGUCUUCCAUAAGGGUCUGGUCUUUUUGAAGGAAGUUGAUCUUUCUUAUAACUACCUAGAGGCAUUUGAGCCCUGGCCAUACAUUCCUAUGAUACCAAUCUAUUCAAAUAAGCCAAUGUUCUUCAAUCUUCAGUAUAAUCACAUCUCACGUUUCUCAAACACUCUGGGGUGGACAAUGACCAGAGAGCCUAAUGUGAUAGUAGAUCUUACACAGAACAGACUCAGGUACUUCAGGAAAGAGAAUUUCAGUCAAUAUUUGGCCGGACAGAUACCUACAGUAUUUGAUAUGGAUGUAAUGGACUUAAUUGUCCGGGACAACCCAUGGUUCUGUGAUUGUGGAUUUCAUUAUUUAUUGAUGCAAUUCAUUGACACGUUCUACUAUAGAAUGUUCCAGAGCUUCAUGAGCUGUGAUGGUCCCAGUGAAUUCAAGGGAUACAAUUUCUCUUAUUUCUUCAAUCAUCCAGACCAACUGAUUUGUAAUAUCACAGAAAGAUGUCCUGCUGACUGCAAGUGUCAAGACCGACCUCAUGAUGGCUACAUACUUGUGGACUGCUCCAGUGCAGGAGAAUACGCCGACUUACCACAGGCUGUGCCUCCGGGGCCAUUGUUUCUUCAACUGUCUCAUAACAAAAUAACUUCAUUGUCUCACAGAGAUUACCUACAAAAUAUCACAAAACUUGAUGUGUCUUCAAAUAAAAUUUUACAUUUGGAAGAUUCCUUUCUUGAGAAAGUAACAAACUUGGAAUAUCUUGACAUUAGAAACAACGGUUUAAAGGCCUUGCCGUCAAGAAUUCAAAACUUUCGCAUGUCAUCCGUCAGGUUCAGUGGAAACCCACUCGUCUGCUCAUGUGACACCAUUUGGAAAAAUGAUUGGGUAAGACGUAAUUCUGAGAACAUGUCUUCUGACUUCCUGUCUCGUCACUUGUGCUAUUACAAUGGACGUUAUUUACGUCUUGUCGAUGUGACUUGGAACUCUCUCGUCUGUUAUCGAGAUAUCGCCAUUAGUGUCAGUGUGGUGCUUGGAGUGUUACUUAUCAUUCUGAUCAUUUGUACUGUCGUCUGCUGCAAGCGGAAAUACGAGUGCAAGGUUUUGAUGUAUGACAUUUUCCGUUUUCAUCCAUUUGACAAAGAAUCAUGUGACAAUGCAGACGAUGCUACGAAAAUAUAUGAUGUGUACCUGUCUAUGGAUAGGGAAAAUGAAGACAUCAGACUAUGGGUGAAAGAUGAACUUUUGAAACGACUCGAAAAAAAGUCAAAGUCUCGUCCAGUGUACAAGGUGUAUUACCCCUGUCGCCAGGACGACUUUGGGGAUAGUAUAGCAGAUCAGAUGGUGGAGAACAUCAACAAAAGUAGAAGAGUUCUUGCCAUUGUAAAUAGCUCCUAUCUUCAAAACGGCUGGUCCAUAGAAGAAUUCGAUCAUGGACAUGAUCUUAUGGAAAAAACUAAAUCAGGUCGUCUGAUUGUUUUGCUGCACGGUGACCUUGACCUCUCUACUGUGACACAGGAGCCAUUGAAGACCUACUUAAGUGGACGUCAAUGUUUAAAUGUCUCUGACCGGUGGUUGUGGCAGAAACUAAGGUACGAACUGCCUCACAGAUAUCAUAAAGAUUACAUCUUCUUUAACGUGAAUGAGGCGGUAGUCAUGGCGAGGCUUGGUGUUGUGUUGUUGGCAUCAUGUCUGUCCAUCUGUGUGUCUGGGAGUCUGUGUCCAUCUGGAACAACAAGGAAGGUGUCACUGAAUGGAAAACUUGGGUCUCAGGAGUUUCCAAAUCUAUUUUUCAUGGAAAAUAUUUUAUCAAACAUGACAAACCUGGGGGAGGAUGUACAUCUGGAUAUAUCAGAAAAUGCUAUUACAGAUUUGCCGUUUCAAGUAUUCAACCACACAAUCUUUCAACGAGUUACUUCCUUGAAUUUGUCAAACAAUAACCUAACAAAUAUAUCAGAAGGGUUAUUUAACCAGUUCAAGUGUUUAAAAAUCUUAAAUUUAGCUGAUAAUGAACUUGAGAUGAUUUCAAAUGAUGCAUUUAAUGAACUCAGUGAUCUUGUGGAGCUCAUACUCAAGAAUAAUGUUCUGACAAAUCUUCCCUCAGGAAUCCUUGGUACUGGUGAAGAGAACUCAAACCUGAGGAGAUUUGAUGCAUCUCGGAACAGGAUCAGAUUCAUUGGUGGCAAUGUCUUCCAUAAGGGUCUGGUCUUUCUGAAGGAAGUUGAUCUUUCUUAUAACUACCUAGAGGCAUUUGAGCCCUGGCCAUACAUUCCAAGGAUAUCAAAAUAUACAAAUAAGCGAAUGUCCUUCAAUCUUCAGUAUAAUCACAUCUCACGUUUCUCAAACACUCUGGGGUGGACAAUGCUCAGAGAGCCCAAUGUGAUAGUAGAUCUUACACACAACAGACUCAGGUACUUCAGGAAAGAGAAUUUCAGUCAAUAUUUGGCCGGACAGAUGCCUACAAUAGCUCACAUAGGUGAAAUGGGGAUCAUUGUCCGGGACAACCCAUGGUUCUGUGAUUGUGGAUUACAUUAUUUAUUGAUGCAAUUCAUUGACACGUUCUAUUAUAGUAUGGCCCAAAACUUCAUGAGCUGUGAUGGUCCCAGUGAAUUCAAGGGAUACAAUCUUUCUUAUUUCUUCAAUCAUCCAGACCAACUUAUUUGUAAUAUCACAGAAAGAUGUCCUGCUGACUGCAAGUGCCAAGACCGACCUCAUGAUGGCUACAUACUUGUGGACUGCUCCAGUGCAGGAGAAUACGCCGACUUACCACAGACUGUGCCUCCGGGGCCAUUGUUUCUUCAACUGUCUCAUAACAAGAUCACUUCAUUGUCUCGCAGAGAUUACCUACAAAAUAUCACAAAACUUGAUGUGUCUUCAAAUAACAUUUUACAUUUGGAAGAUUCCUUUCUUGAGAAAGUAACAAGCCUUGAAUAUAUUGACAUUAGAAACAACAGCUUAAAGACCUUACCGUCAAGAAUUCAAAACGUUCGCAUGUCAUCCGUCAGGUUCAGUGGAAACCCACUCGUCUGCUCAUGUGACACCAUUUGGAUAAAUGAUUGGGUAAGACGUAAUUCUGAGAACAUGUCUUCUGACUUCCUGUCUCGUCACUUGUGCUAUUACAAUGGACGUUAUUUACGUCUUGUCGAUGUGACUUGGAACUCUCUCGUCUGUUAUCGAGAUAUCGCCAUUAGUGUCAGUGUGGUGCUUGGAGUGUUACUUAUCAUUCUGAUCAUUUGUACUGUCGUCUGCUGUAAACGGAAAUACGAGUGCAAGGUUUUGAUGUAUGACAUUUUCCGUUUUCAUCUUUUUGACCAAGAACCAUGUGAUAAAGCAGACAACACUUUGAAAAUAUAUGAUGUGUACCUUUCUAUGGAUAGGGAAAAUGAAGACAUCCGACUUUGGGUGAAAGAUGAACUUUUGAAACGACUCGAAAAAAAGGCAAAGUCUCGUCCAGCAUACAAAGUGUAUUACCCCUGUCGUCAGGACGACUUUGGGGACAGUAUAGCAGAUCAGAUGGUGGAAAACAUCAACAAAAGUAGAAGAGUUCUUGCCAUUGUAAAUAGCUCCUAUCUUCAAAACGGCUGGUCCAUAGAAGAAUUCGACCUCGCACAUCGUCUUAUGGAAGAAACUAAAUCAGGUCGUCUGAUUGUUUUGCUGCACGGUGACCUUGACCUGUCUACUGUGACACAGGAGCCAUUGAAGACCUACUUAAGUGGACGUCAAUGUUUGAAUGUCUCUGACCGGUGGUUGUGGCAGAAACUAAGGUACGAAUUGCCUCAAAACCUUUGAACCAACCCGAUUUCUGCGUCCAGAGGGAGCCUCAUGAGUGGUAUCAGUAAUACCAGAACUUCCCUUGACAUCUCCUUGAGAGAAACUGCUGGGUAGAUUCAGCUCAAACUGAAGACAACAAAAUAAGGAGUGUGUGAGUUGCAUUUAAGUCGUCUUUGACAGUAUUUGUAUGUAUAUGAAGGUCUGUCCACAUAUUGUGGAUGUAAGCCCAAAGUGACGCAGGUUGCUCUAGAUUAUUACAAUGCUAUUGAUCCUUUUGUUAAAAUAAUUAUUAUUGCAUUUAUAAAGGGUAUUUUGGACGAUUUUCAGGUGAUUAGUUUUGUCCAGAAAACAAUCAAGUUACUCAUUACAGUGAUGUAAAGUGGUUUGCGUCCCAUUUCUGCAUACAACAUAUAAAGUUGAGAACUCUCUUCAAUAGGUAACAAUAAUUUAUUUUUUAACAAGAUUUUUAACAAAUCAAGGUGAAUCUUUUCCAUUAGAGUGCAGUUUGCAAAACUCAGAUUUCUGAACCAAGAGUAAGGAUGGGGAUAACCAUUUUUUUGCCAUAAUCCGAAUGCUUUUUCAAAAUCAAUAAAAGCACAGAA